GGUAAAUAUAACCAGAUGCCCGUGUUUCUGUUGAUCAAAAAAGUGACAUGCUCUACGCAUAAACAAGAGUGAUCAAAAAAGCCACAUCUCAAAGAAACGCUAUGAUAUAGAAGUAGGUAGUACUUACUUUAAAAAAAUGAAAUAGUAAUUGCAUUGAUUCUUAAGCUACUGAUAAUUAAUUUCUUUUAAAUACUUAACUAAAUAAAACAAGUGAAUUUUAAUGACAAUGACACCUGACUUAGAGAAUUAUCUAAACACAUGGUAAGAAAACAGCUUUCAAAAACUAAAUAUAAUCAUACGCAGAAAUGUGUGUAAUUUUGUGGACCGUAUUGCUUAAAACUAAGGUGAAGUGAACUGUGAAGAUGACUUGGACUAAAGAAUUGGACGAGGCAGCUGUCCUGGCCACUAAGAAGGGCUGUUAUCACGUCUUAUUGUUUUACCUGUUGUGUGGGAUUGCUGCUAUACCGACAUCCUUCUUAGUGUUCUCUCAGGUCUUUACAAACGCCACUCCAGAGCACUGGUGCGCCCCACCAACAGAACUUGAAGGCCUAGCGUUCCCAGAUGAAAUGCUUCGAAACCUGACUGUGCCACAAGAAAAUGGAGUGCAUGAGACUUGCCGAAGCUAUUCCCUUGACUUGCGGGCUCUGUAUGUUGAUCUUGAAGACUAUUUUGCUAUAAAAAAUUUUACGGAACAAGCGAACGGUACGCUGUUAUUUUUAAAAAUUAAGAACCUUAUUUUAUCCAGUGAUCCAGAUUCAAGAUACGAAAAGAUACAGCGAGUACAAGACGCAAUUGUGGCGGUACAAAAAGAACCUAUUGCAUGUACGAAUUCAUGGAAGUUUGAAACAGAACAUUAUAAGAGAACUUUGGUUACAGAGUUUUUGUUGGUAUGCAACAAUGAAUGGUUGCCGAGAACUAGUAACACCCUCUUCUGGGUGGGUUCCCUCGUUGGUAAUUUAUUCUUUGGAUGGAUAUCAGACAGAUACGGUCGCCGGCCUACAAUCUUGCUCAUGAUAUUUUUCGAAGUGCCAUUAUGUAUACUUGCAUCGUUUCCUGGCAAUUAUUGGGGCUACAUCGUUUUGAGGAUUCUGGGAGGGCUAUUCUUUCCUGCGCUUUAUCAGCAGCCUUUCAUUCUGGCAUUAGAAUUAAUGCCACCAGCAACAAGAACUCAUACAGGAAUCGUUGUGGGUAUGCUAUUUGCAAGUGGAAUGUGCUUGCUAGCACUUUUGGCUUUUUUGCUGCGUGACUGGUUCUACUUAUCCCUAGCUACCAGUCUUCCCUUUAUCUUAUUGUUUGGUUGUUAUUGGCUAAUUCCCGAGUCUCCACGAUGGUUGGUUGGAAGAGGACGUGUUGCGGACGCUGAAAAAGUUUUGAGGAAUCUAGCUAAGAAAAAUGGCAUCAUUUUACCGCACGGGUUUCUUAUAGAAUUGCAUAAAAAGUUAAAAGAUGAAGAAACGGAAGCAGAGCUUUCUAUAAUGCCUACUGCUAAUGGGCAGGUACCUUUUCAAGAGAAAGAAGAUCAUAUGGACAGAAGAAUCAACAAUAUGCUUUCCUUCAAACCUGAAUAUAGGAAAAAUAGUGGAAGUGAUAUUGAGAAUAAGGAAAAUUUAGAAUCAAGAAUUUUAGAAGUAGGCGAUUUAAUUCAUAAAUCUAGAUCCCCAAGAGAUGCUGAAUGUCUUAAAGAAGAAAUAAUGAAACUGAAUCAGAAAGAUUCAAUUCAUGACAUCGGAUUACAACAAAGAACCACAGCAACGGAAUAUUCUUUGCCAAAUAGUUUAGGAAGAAAAUCUAUACAAUUAGUUAAUAGAAUUAUUUUUAAACAAAACGAAGAUAUUCAUGAAAAGAAGAGAAUGGAUGAUCAGAACUCCGAGGGAGAUUGCAGAGCAUCUCCAUUAGAUGUAUUUAGGUAUCCAAAUAUAAGGAAGAAAUUUUUGAUACUUACCUUUAAUUGGAUAGCACUAGGAGUAGUAUAUAAUAGUUUAAGUUACAACACGCCAAAUUUAGGCGUGGACGAUUAUUUAGCAUUUUUCAUCGGUGGUGCAGUGGAAAUACCAUCGUAUUUCAUAGCGUGGCAGUGUAUGGAACGAUAUGGCCGCCGUUGGGUGCUAUGCAUUUUUAUCAAUCUUGGAGGGUUGGCAUGCCUGAGCUGUGCAUUAGUUCCUGAAGCGUGGCCAUGGGUAAUAGUUUCGUUAGCUAUGCUGGGAAGGUUAUGUGCUGCAGCGUCAUUCGCAGUCUUCUACGUACAAAUUGGCGAAUUGCUCCCUACGGUCGUGAGGGCGCAAGCUAUGGGCGCAUCUUCAGUCGUAGCUGGUAUCGGGUUGCUGACAGUUCCAUACAUCGUGGCAUUGGCCACAUACUCCAGAUAUCUCCCUCUCAUCAUAAUGGGAGUACUGAGCAUGAUGACAGGAGUGACGUCACUCUUCUUACCCGAAACCCUCAACCAGCCUCUACCGCAGACCCUCGAGGAUGGGGAGAUGUUCGGAAGGCAUUUUAAAUUACUAAGCUGUAUUGAUAGUAAAAGUAGCUGAAAUUGUGUUUUCAAUCUAGAUAUUCUUCGUAGGUAAAGAUAAAUGAUUAAAGAACCUGUCAUUUAAAAUCAUGUAUAACCUACCUACCUGAACUAACACAUAGUAGGUACGAAAACCAAAACAUAAAUGACGAAACAAUACAAGUAGAUCUUACAAAAUAUUCGUUCAUAGAAGAUAAACCUACUCGUAAGAUUACGAUAAUAUACCUAAGGCAUUUAUGAAAAUUACGGUUAAAUAGGUACUUACCUACUUACUUAUUUUCAUACUUAUUGAAGAUAUAGAAUGUUAUGUAGAAAAAAUAUUUUAUGUAGAAAAAAUAGAUCGGAUAAAUAUUAAAUUAACGUUUCCUUGUUUAGUUGAAUUUAGUGUGACGUCCAAACACGCAAGGUAUUCUGAGAUGAUGCUUAGGUUCCCACUCUCCCGGGAUAGAUAAUAAAUGAAUAAUAAUUAUUUAUUAAAAUUGUUUUAUAUUUUAGUACUGCUAAGAUAUUUUUAUUUGGAUACACAAGUGUCGACUAAUUGUUGAAUAACAGUAUUAUAUUUUGUAGAUGUAAAUAAUAGUAAUUUUAAUAAUUAAAAAUAAACUUAUAUUUUGACUUUA